AUGUCCACCCGCUCAAUACGAAAGCCGCGACGACCUACCCCAGAGAUCCCCGAUGUUGCCAUGCACCAUGCAACUGCUGCAGCUGCAGCUUCGCGUGCAAUGCGCUCUAGUCAAAGCUCGUCCCAGGAGUCGAAAAGCUCAUACGAACGACUAGGUGGUCCAGGAAACUUUGCCAUUCCGCGGAGGCGUCCCGGAUCGAGCCUUCGGAGCACCGAUGAUAGCUCGGUCAGUCAGGGCGACUUACCAAAAGUUCCAAAAUCUCGUCGGUCCAAGGAAAUAUCCGCUCGAGCCUCUUGCUUCGAUGACCCUGCUGCCCUUCCGCCAAUUACAGAACUCGACGGACUUGAUGGACGAGACAGCUCAGUGCCCUCUUCCUAUCGCCGAUUGCGCAAGGCCAAGUCAAUGUUCUCAACCAGACAGCGAACUUCACAGACCCCAUAUGGAGUGCCUUCCCUUCCUUCCGGAGAUCCCCUUGAUCCCGAGCGCAGUCCUGGAUUUCAGCUGCCGCGAACAAUGAGACGAUCCAUGUCUUUUCUUCGAGGAAGUUAUCAAUCCACGCAAGUCAGUCCAACUGCUGAGGGGCAUGAUGCAGCUAUUCAGCUUGCUCGCAGCCAAUUUGCCCAAUAUCCCGACGGUGGAGAUGUUCAGACUCGCCGGUCAUCCUUCAUGCGUCUGAGCAAGAAGGAGCACAGGCAAUUUCGAAAAUCGUUCCGGGUUACGAGUGAAGGUGUCGACACGGGGCGUUCUCACCGGUCCUUUUCACACUCCAUCAAAAGCAAAUUCAGGCGGGUGUUUGGGUUUUCCAAGUGCGUGGAUCAAGAACCUACACCUCAUGGUACUACGAAUGGUGCUGAGGCACCUAUGGUAACUCCAAUUGGGAAAGGCAAGGAGGAGUGCUAUCCACACAAACUCACAGCCACCGAAGAUGGCAUUGAUUCCAACUAUCUCCAGUCAAUGCCCCAGUCCCCCAGCCGCGACAGUCUCUGCACUUCCACUUCGCGCGUCACCAGUUGGGCUGAUUCAACCAUGCCGAACACAGUUACAACCCGGAAACCAGAAUAUCGCCAAUCUCUCUCUUUGGUCGGAGAGGACGGGGGUCUGGAUCAGCAAAUGCCACGAACGCCUGUAAUGGAUGAUACCCAAAAUCAAUCUCCUUUGGGUGUGAGAGCAAACCCUCAUCAAAUUAGCCUUGUUGACAGUCAAGACUUAUACACUGCGUUGAUUAAAAAGAUGGGCCACAAUUCCCUGUCUGAUCCUAACGAAGAGAUGGUCUUUGGCAAUGUGCCACAGCAUCAUGUGAUUCCAGAGCGGACUAAUUCGAUCUACUCCCAACAUGGCCGACACAGUAUUCGCCAUGUCCCAAGCCGAGAAUCCUCGACCUCACAUGGCUCAUUCGCAACAGCGCGGGGUGGUGAUCAAUCCAGUCCACGCAAGUAUCCGCCCCUAGCCAGGUCAAUGCAAGUUUCUCGGGGCAUGCCAUCUCAGGUGAAAACUCAACAUAUGACUGCUGUUUCAGACAAGAGGUCGCUACAAUCAGCAUACGCUUUGGGCGAGGAAUCGGAUGAGGAUAGUGGUAGCGUUAUUUUUUCUGGCCAUCGGGAUAUUGUUUCCCCCAGUGUCUAUUCCCGGACCACCAGUGGCAAUACCCCAACAGGAACUGACAAUGCCAACAUGGGCGUCCAUGAUGAACCAGGAACGGCGACCAUCUUUACUCAACAGCGGACAACAUACAGCUCACCCAAGCGUGCCAAUCGGGCCUCGUCUCCCGCACCUCAUGUAAACCCCAGUGUAGACUGGCAGCAAUGGAUGAGCUCGCAGAUCGAAAGAAUUGAGCAGGCAAGCCCCACAAGGGAACACAUCAGGGAAGAUGCACAGUACGAGGACGAUGAUGAGUACUUUACCAGCAUAGCUCGACAAGCUCCUGUCGCUAUCUCCGCUCCCGCUUCGGCAACUCUACAAGAGGUUCCAGACAGCCAUAAUAUCACAGACCGCAAAGCUUCCGCCGAGAACAGAGUUCCGUCACAGAGCAAUUUCUCCCGUCCGUUAAUCCACGAUUCCGGCAUUCGAACCAUCGUGCCAUUACAGACAACCAAGUCGGAAAAUAAUGCGCAGGCUCACACUAACUCAUUGGCCGUGGAUACCGCUCCUAAGUCUGGUGGAAACGUCUCACCCAAGCCCGUCCCUGUUGCUUGCAAUCAACAACCGUCGCCAAUUCGACUGAGAUCUGGAAACAUGCAGCCACCAGAGUCCCCAACCCCCAAGGGAGUGCGAGCAAAACGAUCCUGGACCAAAGAACAGCAGCGACGCUAUUCAGCCAGGCGUGCUCCGGUCGCCCAAGACAGUAGGGUCAAUUACUUCCGGUCCAUGCGCACUCAACGAGACAACCGUGCAAACAAUGAGAACGCGAGGCAGCAGGAUGAGUACACUGACAUGAUUGAGAACUACCACCAAAUCCAAGACCUUCAUUCAACGAUCUCUAGCAAGCGCAUGGUGGAUUUGUUUUUGGACAGUCGCCGUCGACAAAUGGGUGAAGUCACAGACAACGAUACAGCCACAGAGGCUUUUCUUUGA